UCCUUGCUUCCUUCCUCUUCCUCCCAGCCGGCGCCGCAGCAGCCGCUGCGCUGUGUGCGUGCCUGCGUGGGCAGCCGGGGGGGGGAGAGAAUGGGGACGGGGACAGGGAUGGGGACAGGGACAGGGCAUGCGUGAGCCCCUCGGGCCCCGCAUCGUGCCCAAGGUGCCCACCACGCCGAUGCUGCUCGCCCCGGGCGAUGUGACGCUGCUCCUGGGCGCAGAUGCCCUGCGGUAACCCGUCCCCAUCAGCGAUGGCCUCCACACCCCGGUGAGGAACAAGAGGACGAGCACCCAGCCGAUCCCCUGAUCACCACCCCCCCCUGAGACAGCCAUGGAGGCCCCCCUGGACGUGCCCGUAGGGAACCUCAUCGACUUCGACCCGAAAUGCCCUGCCCGUGCCCCCUCGGAGCCUUCUCCCGGGGAUGUCCCCAGCGGCAACGGGCACGUGGGGGACGUGGCCGGGGAGGAGAGCGAUGCCACCGAGUCCGCGGACAGCGACAACGAGGCGGGCGGCUCGCCAACGCGCUGGGGCGGCCGCCGCCGCUCGUCCUCCGCCGAGUCCUUCUCCUCCAGCCAGAGCACCGAGUCGGCCAGGGACGAGGCGAAGGCCGAGCGCCGGGAUUUCAUGCGGCACUACGUGGAGAAAAUCUUCUCCGGGGGGGAGGAUCUGGACCAGGAGGAGAAGGCCAGGUUUGGGGAGCUGUGCAGCGGCGAGGACGGGAAGGGCAGGGAAUGGUUCGCGAGAUACGUCAGCGCCCAGCGCUGCAACUCCAAGUGCGUGUCGGAGCAGACCUUCUACCGCCUCAUGCAGUCUUUCGCCCUCGUGCUCUUUGAGUGCCACCAGAUGGACGACUUCAGCCCCGCCAAGAACCUGAUGACCAUGUGCUUCACCUACUUCUACAUCGGGAAGAGCCACGCGUUGCCCCUGGAGGCCAAGGAGAAGCCCACGGGCAGCAUCGACUCCUACCUGAGGUCGGCCAACAGCUGGCUGGCCGAGAAGAAGGACAUCGCCGAGAGGCUGCUGAAAAACACCUCGGCCAGGACGGAGAACGUCAAGGGCUUCUUCGGGGGCCUGGAGACCAAGCUGAAGGGGCCCGCGGCCAGAAAAAGCCACGAGGCUGAGGACAGGCCGAAGGAGAGGCUGAAGAAGACGGUUUCCGUGCAGAGCCCUGAGGAGGAGAAGAAAGGGGAGAAGAUCUACCUGUACAUGCACCUCAAGCAGCAGCCCAUCUGGCACAACCUGCGCUUCUGGAACGCCGCCUUCUUCGACGCCGUGCACUGCGAGCGCAGGAAGCGCUCCCCCACCACCAGAGGGGACGCUGGGGAGGAAGAGGAGAAGAGGGAGAAGUGGUGCCACAUGACGCAGGAGGAGCGGGACGACAGCCUGCGCUUCAACGAGAACAUCACCUUCGGGCAGCUGGGCACCUUCAUCCACAACAUGCUGGCGUUCGGCCUCAACAAGAAGCUCUGCAGCGAUUUCCUCAAGAAGCAGGCGACGAUCGGCAACUUGGACGAAGAGCAAUACAAGCUGCUGAGCGACCACAUCGAGCAGAUGGCCACCGAGUAGCCGCCCGGCCGGCACGGCACAGCGGCAGCGAGACGGCGGCCGGAGCAGUUGGGGAGAAAAAGGGGCCCCGAAUAAAUCUGGGCUGCUCGGGGGUCGCGCGCGCGCUCACAGAGCUGCCCCCCACCUGCAUGACCACCCGCCAACCCUUAGAGCUGCGCCGUGGGCAGCCCGUAGAAGUAGGAGCCCAAACAGCCCCCGUCCCUCGCCGGAGCCUCCCGCGUCUGUUUUCGGAGCAGGCGGACCCCAGAAGCGGGGUUUUUGUCGGGUAAAAACAAGCGGACAAAGGGAGAAACAAACAGACAAAACCUAAAAAAAAAAAAAAUAAUACAAGAGAGAAAGCAAGAUGAAAAAGAAAGCAGCUGCUGCAGCCCCCCUGUGCCCGGGGACUUUAUUGCUGUGUCCUCAGCCCCCUCCAAAAAGCUGCUUGGGGGCUUCAGUGCUCGUAGCAGCGGGGUCUGGAGCAAAAUGUUGUGGGGUGAGGAGCUGCUGAAUGCGUUUGCUGCUCGAUGCCUUCUCAAGGCUGGUGUGGACAGUGGAAAAUCCGGAGGAUGCGAGCCUCCUGCAUCCCCCCGCAGCGAGGCACCAGGUUGGCAGCACCUGGUUCCAGGGGGCUGUUAAAGGAAUUAGGGGUUUUCGGGCACUUGAGGGGCUUUUUGUCCAGGGAUUUGGGGUGUGGGGCAUGGCAGGAGGGGCUGCUUCGGGGUGGGCAGGAGGUCGCGCUGCGCUGCGCAGCGGGGUGGCACUGGUGGCUUCCCUCGCUGUGUAAGGUUCCCUGGGAGAUGUGGGGAAACUUUUCUCUUGGGAAAACCACCCUACAAUCUCUAUAUGGCCCUGUGCACGGAGAGAAACCAGCAUUUGUGCCACACCAUCAGCCUCCACCCACAGGACACCAGCCAUGGCCUCAGGCACGAGCGCAGGGCGAGGGGGCAGCGGUGCUCGGGGCCAGGCUGUUUGGGGGGCACAAGCAGCAGCUGGGGGGUUCCCUGUAGGGUUUUUCCGCACAGCUUUGCUGUGUUUGCUUUUCCCUUCACCCCACACCCUGCUGUGACCUCCAGCACCGGGGCAGCCGAGGGCUUGUGGUGUUUCCUUGAGGGCUGAGCCAACAGCCCCGCACCGGCUGCGCCUCCCCUGACCCUUUCCCUUCCCCAUCACACCCGGAAUAGCCUUUGGGAUCGCCGCACCCCAAAGAGCCCUGUCCAUACACGUCUCCUGCUCUGCUCCGCUGACUGCAGCUGCCUGGUAUGCAGCCCGGCAGGUUCUGCCCAGCGCCUCCUUGGCACGGCUGCUGUGGGCAGUUCGGGGACGCGGCCACAGCGCCGCUUCGCUCCGGGCAUCCUGAGCUUGGGCUCACCCCAAAACUGCCCUCAAACAUUGGGGUCCCACGGGAAUGGGUUUCAAGGGGUUGUUGGUGCAGUUUCCCCGUGCUGUGUCCCGUAGGAGCAGGGUUUUUCCCCGUAGCUCUGUGUCUCCAGUGGCAUUUCCUUGCUCUCACCGGGGUGCAGCGAGGGGGCUGCGGUUUGAUUUUCCCUGCUGGGAGUUUGGAGCUUUGGCACCCGUAAUUAUGGGGCUGGGCUCUGCUCCGUGCUGGGUCUGAGGCAGGAUCAGUCCCAGCGCUGCUUUCCCUGGUUUUCUGGCCGUCCCCAACCCCAGGACCUGGGCAGGGAUCCCCAGAAGGGUGUUUGUAGGGUGACCGCUGCCCCGGGGUUUGCACUUUGCGCCUGAUGGAGAGGAGAGGUGGGGGUGCAUCUCCACUCGGGUCUCCCCUCAGUCCCGCUGUGUUUAUUUUUUUUUUUCCGAUGUAAAAAAAAGUUCAGCAGUGAAAAAUAUAUUAUUUGCAUGUGUAUUUUUCUAAUAAAUAAAUAAAUAAAUGA